GCGCCGGCCACGGCUCCGCGGGCGGGCCCGGCGCGGAGCGGCCCGGCUCGGCUCGGCACGGCCCGUACAGUGUCCAUGGAACAAGAUGGAGAGAAGAUAGUACAGUGAAGUGGUGGUCCUGUGUACAGAAUGGCUUUCCUGGACAACCCAACAAUUAUACUUGCUCAUAUUCGGCAGUCACACGUGACCAGUGAUGACACAGGGAUGUGUGAAAUGGUCCUGAUAGAUCAUGAUGUCGACCUGGAGAAGUUUAAUCCCUCGUCAACCUAUGGGGACAGUGGUUCAGAAACACAGGGAAGCAAUGGUGAGACUCAGGGCUAUGUAUAUUCCCAAUCAGUUGAUAUUACCUCAAGCUGGGACUUCGGAAUUAGAAGACGAUCAAACACAGCUCAGAGACUAGAACGUCUGCGGAAAGAGAGACAAAAUCAAAUAAAAUGCAAAAAUGUUCAGUGGAAAGACAGAAAUACUUCUUACUCAGCAGAGGAGCUGAGCUCACUAUUUGAAAAAAAGAAUUUCAGAGUAAAAUCUCCGUGUUCUGGAAAGCAGUCAAUAUUGUCUGUGCGCCUUGAGCAGUGUCCACUACAGCUGAAUAACCCCUUCAAUGAGUACUCAAAAUUUGAUGGCAAGGGUCAUGUUGGUACAACGGCAACCAAAAAAAUUGAUGUCUACCUCCCACUGCAUGCAAGCCAAGACAAACUACAGCCCAUGACAGUUGUGACGAUAGCAAAUGCCAAGGUGCAUGACCUGAUUGGACUAAUAUGCUGGCAAUAUACAAGUGAGGGACGGGAACCAAAACUGAACGAUAACGUCAAUGCCUACUGUCUCCACAUUGCUGAGGACGAUGGUGAGGUUGACACAGAUUUUCCACCCUUGGAUUCCAAUGAGCCCAUUCACAAGUUUGGCUUCAGCACUCUGGCAUUGGUUGAAAAGUACUCCUCUCCCGGCCUGGCAGCAAAACAGUCGCUCUUUGUUCGAAUAAAUGCUGCUCAUGGAUUCUCACUUAUUCAGGUGGACAGUAUGAAGGUCACCAUGAAGGAUAUCUUGCAAAAGGCCUUAAAGAGAAGGAAGGGAUCACAGAGAGGCUCAGGUCCUCAGUAUCGGCUGGAGAAGCAGAGUGAACCUAAUGUCCCAGUAGAUUUAGACUGUACCUUGGAGAGCCAGAGCACUUUGGAAUUCUGCCUUGUCCGAGAGAACAGUUCAAGAGGAGAAGAGAUCUCGGAGGAGGACCCUCAGAUCGAUAUCGCUACAGUUCAGGAUAUGCUCAGUAGCCACCAUUACAAGUCCUUCAAAGUCAGCAUGAUCCAUAGGCUUCGAUUCACCACUGAUGUUCAGUUAGGUAUUUCUGGAGACAAGGUAGAGAUAGACCCUGUUACUAAUCAGAAGGCCAGCACUAAGUUUUGGAUUAAGCAGAAACCCAUUUCAAUCGAUUCUGAACUCCUCUGUGCCUGUGACCUUGCGGAAGAAAAAAGCCCAAGUCAUGCAAUAUUUAAACUUACAUAUCUAAGCAAUCAUGACUACAAACACCUUUACUUUGAAUCAGAUGCUGCUACUGUCAAUGAAAUUGUACUGAAGGUUAACUAUAUUCUGGAGUCACGAGCAAGUACAGCCAGAGCAGAUUAUUUUGCUCAGAAACAAAGAAAGCUGAGCAGGAGAACAAGCUUUAGCUUCCAGAAGGAGAAGAAAUCAGGACAGCAGUAACACCUGGCCUUGAGGAACGCCUGUCUGCCGAAUUUGGAGGGGGAGACGCUCCAUGCAGCCCGGGAAGGUGGGAGCCAGGACUGCGGUGCUCCGGCUGCCAACAGGCAGGAGCAGCCAGGAAAGAAAUCUGAAUUAUCCCAUCUCUCACGGUUGGAAGAUUAUCCCUCUUUGGUGAUGGGAAGUCUCCCCUGUGACAAAAAUAAAGAGCCAUAUCAGCCGGAAAGAAGACUGUUACGCUUCAGGUUCCUUUGAUUAGAAAUAAGAGAAUGACGUAGACUGGCAUCAUUUAAUUACUGUAUUAUGUACAAUCACAAGAAGAGAUGUGAUUACAUAUUAUUUCACAGCCUGGUUAAAAUAAAUUAUAUACAUCUGUAAUACACCCACAUACACACAGGUAUUGCUUGUGACAUGAUCAAAUUUCUAAAAACAAAAUGUAGGACAAAUGUAUCCAUUUUUACUAUUAAUAAACAGAUGUAAUCUUUUUCAAGGUCCAUAUGAUGCACAGUUCUUUUGGGGGGAGGCUGCAGUCCCAGAUGGUUACACUUCUGUUGCUGAAGUGCAGGAGGCAACCGUGAGCCAGGGAACAGCAGCCAUUGCAGGGGAUCUGAUCUGUGAAGAAAUGUUGAGACAGUCAGGUCUCUUUUGCUUCAUUUUUUUCAAAAAUAUUUUUCUUUAACUGUGCUUUUCAGCUUCGCAUACGUUGUAUGGAACAAUAUUUGCUGUAGUCAGCAGGAUGUUUUGAAAACCAAGGCAGCGUCUCUGCAGCUAAGAGGAGAGCAUCGCCCUGCCCCUGGGAGCGGCGGGGUCAGCGCCGUAGGGCCACGGACCUGCGGCCAUGCAGGGUCUGCUCUCAGUGAGACAGCUGGCACCUGAGCGCUGGGAAACGCCUCACCUUUCCUCAGAAUUAUUCUUUAGAAAUAAAAACAAAGACCUACUUUGUACUGGGAUUUGUAACUAUUCUGGCCUUGUCUGUCUAACACAUCAGGGAACACGUGGAUGGGAUUAUGGGGAACCAGAGCUGCAUUUUGGUUCAGUUCACCAGAGGUGUCUUUCAUAAAUCUCUCAAAGCCACUGAAGCUGGAGCUCUCUGUGCUGCUGCAGGGGGUUUUGUACAAGAAGAUGCCUCCCGUUCUGAGAGGCCGUCCAGAGCCCAGCUGACGCUGGCAGGCUGCGGCACGCCAGCUGCUUGGGGCAGGGUGAGCGCCCUCCUGGCCGUCUGCUUGCCCGCUGCAAUGCCACCUCGGACACUUUCCUACCUUGCUUUUGUACAAAAAAAACUUUCUGAGCCUUAACACGUAGCUUAGGAGUAAGCACUAAGGCAGAGAGGUUAUGUGUCAGUUGUCUGUCGCUUUUAAGUUCUCAGUUUUAAAAGGUUUAGCUUUGGAAGCACGCGGGUGCUGCCCUCCUGGAGCCAGAGCUGGGGCAUCCGGGGGGGUCCUGCCUGCACCGCACGGGUCUCUGCGUGCAGUCUUCCGUGACUCUUUCUCUGCAAAGGAUAAAUGAGAGAAACAAUAUUUUAUAGUACGAUAUUAAAUUUUUAAAUAUUUUAUAUGCACAAAUGCAGCACAGAUGCAAUGGGGAAAGCCCCUUCAAAUGAUGCAAUGUACAUGACUCCUUUAAUCAGCUUUGUGAACUAUUUAACAUUAAAGUUGUUAUGUGAAUGUUC